AUCGUGAUUCCAAAAAAGGCAAGAAGAAGAAACCCCAUACGAAUUGAAUCCAACCGAAUCCCUUUCCACCUUUGCUCGGCGAAGUCAGCGGACCGUCGCCGGAAUUCCGUAUCUGUGAAACAAUGACGCCGAAGAAGAUCAUCAUCGACACCGAUCCCGGAAUCGAUGACGCCAUGGCGAUAUUCCUCGCGCUACGGUCUCCUGAAGUGGAGGUGAUCGGGUUGACGACCAUCUAUGGCAACGUCUACACCACUCUCGCAACCAUGAAUGCCUUGCAUUUGCUGGAGGUUGCUGGAAGGACUGAUAUCCCGGUGGCGGAGGGAUCUCAUGUUACUAUAACUAAAGGUACGAAGCUUCGGAUUGCUGAUUUCGUCCAUGGCUCUGAUGGACUAGGGAAUCAGAAUUUCCCCCCACCCAGUGGAAAGGCUAUCAAGCAAUCAGCAGCUGAGUUCCUUGUUGAGCAAGCAAGUCUUCACCCUGGGGAAGUCACUGUGGUUGCAUUGGGUCCACUGACAAAUCUAGCACUGGUACUAUCUGUUCUGCAGGCUAUUGAGUUGGAUCCUGCCUUCGCAAAGAACGUUGGGCAGAUUGUUCUCCUUGGUGGUGCAUUUUGUGUGAAUGGCAAUGUGAAUCCUGCAUCAGAGGCAAAUGUCUUUGGUGACCCUGAGGCUGCUGAUAUUGUUUUCACUAGCGGGGCUGAUGUCGUGGCUGUUGGCAUAAAUGUGACACACCAAGUUGUUUUGACAGAUGCUGAUCGAGAGAAACUAGCAAAUUCAAAUGGGAAAUUUGCUCAGUAUUUGUGCAAAAUCAUGGGCAUCUACUAUUCUUAUCAUCAUGAUGCAUAUAGCACUAGAGGGGUCUAUCUUCAUGAUCCGACAACCGUUCUUGCAGCUGUAAAUCCUUCACUUAUGACUUACACAGAAGGUGUCGUUAGAGUCCAAACCGUCGGCAUUACAAGGGGACUCACGAUACUCUACAAUAAACAAAAGAGGUUUGAAGAGGUUACCGAGUGGUCUGACAAACCCACGGUAAAGGUAGCAGUGACUGUUGAUGCUCCCGCUGCUGUCAAACUGAUCAUGGAUCGUUUGAUGGAGUCAUGAACAAUAAACAGCGUUGUCAUCUGCUUCGUAAACUGUCUCGCGGGUGCUAAGCUGAUUUGGACAUUCUCAUUGUUAUGUGGAGUUUCUGUGGAUACGGAUGAUGGUUAUUGAAGUCUAAUGACAGAAGUGAGCUGAGACAAUAAACCGAUGGUGUGUAAAUCUAAAUUGUAAUAUUCUCCAUGAGAACUGAUAGAGCUUUGCUGGUUUUCGAUAUUCUUCGAAAUGCACUACCUGUUUAAUCUGAUAAGAGUGGAUGAAGCCUACUACUAAAAACUGCGGAAGUUCUGAUCAAACCCGGUUCCGUGAGAAGAUUGGAUUGCUUAUUUGCUUGUUAAGUAAGUAAAUAUUUGGGCCUAUGAACCUAUAGCUCUACCUGAAAUUCUUGCGCUCAAAAUCUGGUGAUUGAGACAGGCAAGUAUACCUUGUUGACAGCAAGCACACCAACAUCAGCAGGAAACCAUACUCGGGACGCUCGAGAAUACUUUAAUCUGAGGCACUCCGCCCUUAGAACUGCCAUUGACCGAACAUUUGCAGCAUUGACAGCACGAUUCCCGAUACUAAUGGCAGCUCCUCCGUACUCAUAACUCAUCGCAAACCCAGAUGACUUGAUAUUUCGUACGUAUGAAGACGAUAUUAUGUUAAUGCAGAUCGAGAAGCCAUCGAUUCGGGACUCCAUAGCUGGUGAGAUGUGGAAAGAUUAUAUUGGUGAUUUGUCAGCCAUGGGAGCUUGAAAGGUGGUGGUUUUUGGACGAGGGGCAUUUGAAUUUAGUGUUUAUAGAGAGUAGAACUGAUCCUUUUACAAUUACCUUCUUUGAUUGUUGGAAGUGCAGUUUCAGGCC